CUACAACAUCAAAAUUCAGCGGCAUCCUUCGUACCGAGUCUACAGCAAUACCCAUCAGCCAUUUCGAGUCCCCCUACUGCAGUCCUGCUUCCCGAUGGCAGCUUAGUUCCACGCGGUUUGUCUCUGUUAGGCUCAACAACUUCUAUGCCCUCAUCUACUCUCACGAAGCCACCUGGAGGAGUUGUCCCUUCCUUGUUGCUACCUCAACAACACUCGUCCUCUCUCCUAUACCAAC